AAUAAUCCAUAAUGAACAUAAUCAUUAUUUAAUAGUUUAAAAUGAGCUCCACCUAUUCAACUACAAAUGUGAAAUACUAGUUUACAUUAGUGCACGAGUGACAAUAGUUAGUCACAGAGAACAUGUUUCUACUUUUAAUUAUUAAAGUACAUUUUUUAUUUUAUACUUAAAUAUUUAAAGUUAAUAUUUGUAAUGCAGUACUUCAACAGUGUGGUUUUAGUCAUUUGAACACACACUCAGACUCUGCAGGACAAUGACUCAGUGUCUGGUGUGUGUUUAUUAAAAGUGACUUGACAGUAAAUCAAGUGAACGUCGUCAGAAUAAUGAGAGCUUCCUGACAAAUAUAAAAAAUAAUUAUUAACAGAACAAUAAGUCAACUAUAAUGUUAAAACUCUCAGGUAUUAUUGACUUCAUCAUGCGGUGGCCUUCGUCAUUAGACCCCUCUCGGAUCACAACCCAACACUAACAUUAACAUUUACAGUGAAUGGUGAAAUGCAAAACGGAGUACACGUUAAUGCAGAAGUAAUAAUAAUGAAGGAACAACAUACAGUGUGUCAGAGUGAAACAUUGACAGGUACAUGGGCGGGGGGCAGUAUAGUAAAUCAUCUCAUGAAAGCAGAGCUAAGUGUAUAUAAGAUGUAUAUGAACAUGUUGUCUGUUACAUAAAUGAAAUUGGUUGGUUUGAGGAGCUGUAUUUUAAUUUAUCAGAAAUUUUCCAAUUAGAAAUAAAUAAAAUGUAAACCAAGUUACACCCUAAAAGUGUGAUUUGAAAAAUAUCAGAAAAACCACUAAUUGUAUUAUGUUGAAGAUAGCUCACAGAAAAAGUCAUAUUAAAUAACUAAAUAAAUUAAAAUAUCAGAAAAUAUGACAGAAAAUAAAAUGUCAAAAAUAUCGGACAAAACAUUUCAUAAUGCAUAAUAAAUAAUAAAGAAAUAAACAAAACAUUUCUGAAAGUAUAGUAUGUCUAAAUGUUUCUUUUUCUUUUUCGUACACCUCUUAAAAGUGUUAUUUUGUGUUAUAUUUCACACACUAAUGCUUGACACGACUUUGUCUUGGUAAUUGUCCAUCAGUAGCAAUACCAAGGUUCUUUGGAAGAAAUGUAUUUAAUUAUCAGAUUUUGGAAAUUGAGAAUCAAUUAUCUAAGAAGAUCAGAUUUCCGUUUCUAACAUGAACUGUUUUUACUUUAUCCCUAGUCUUAACAAACCCUAAAUGUAGAUACCAUUAAUCAAAAGGAGUUUUUGCAGCCCCAAUGCUCCCUAAAAAAGUACGUUAAUCUGUUCUUUUCUAUAUUCUCUGCUUACUGUUAUAAGGGUUGUGCUGUAGACCACAGCCUUGGCUUUUAUGGCUCUCAUGGAAACAUGAAGAAAACCACACCCAUGGCAUAAAGUCUGGUCAUAAAGAGUAAUAAUCAGGCUUAUCUAUUAUAGCUCCGCCCUUUAUACCCGCACCCUCCAAAACUCAAAUAUAUUCAAACAACCCAUUCCCAGUCUGUCACUUCUGAAGCCCAAAGCUGCACAAGAGGAGAGAUUUUUGCUCCGAGGAUCAGUUGGGAUUUUAGACAUUUUUACCUUUUUGAGCGCCCCCCACACCCGCAGACAUCAUGUGUACAGGAGCCUGUUCUAAGUUCAUCGCCAUCCCGCUCUACAUCCUGGCUGCAGUGUCCAUCAUCUGCAACAUCAUGCUCUUCUUCCCUGGCUUUGAAACGCAGUAUGCAGCCGCAGACCGGGAGGGGGAGGAGCGCAUCACGGAGGAGGUCAAAUACAUGGCAGGCCUCAUAGGAGGAGGAAUCCUGGUCCUCGUUCCUGCCAUCCACACUCACCUGACCAGCGCUAAGAACUGCUGUGCCAACCGCUGUGGGAUGUUCCUGUCCAUUGGUUUUGCAGCAGCUGGUGCGGUGGGGGCCAUUUACAGUCUGAGUGUGGCUGCCCUGGGCCUAUCUAAUGGGCCAACAUGCCGUUGGAGCAAUCUUCAAUACCCCAAUUCUCAAUGGGGGACACCCUUCGCCAGCAGUAACGGGAGCUACCUGGGUGAUAAAGCAAUGUGGGACUGGUGCAAAGAACCAGAGAAUGUGGUUGAAUUCAACGUGGGACUGUUCUCCACUCUGCUGGUGGCGGCCUGCUUCGAGCUCGCCCUCUGUCUCAUCCAGAUGGUCAACGGACUCUUUGGAUGUCUCUGUGGCACCUGCGGCGGCAAGGAAUAAGCUUACUGUGACACACCACGACACACCAUGAAGAACACACACCUCUUGAAGAAUAAAUGACAGGGAUAAUCAUCACAUUCAUCAACUCAAUUCAUCACCACUAUCAUAACCUACUGUAUCAUGGGGGGGGGUUGAGAUAGGAGUUGAAUGUCCAAAUCCUCAUUAUUCUUAUUACUAAUUCUUCAAAAGGAAUGACUGGGAUGAUCAAUAAAUAUUUCUUCUGUACCUAUUUUAUUAUUCUCAUAUUAUACUGAUUGUAGAUGGAAAAACUGAUGUGUGCUAUAUUUGUAUCUGUACAAUUGUACGUUUUAAAAUAUUUUGUAAUAAAGCUUUGAA